AAGGUGAAACGAGCGAGGAGACGUAAACUCAAUCUUUUUCUUAAACAAGAGCUAAGUCUAAGAUGACUUACAAAUAAGUACUCAAAAACAAAAUCGGAAAUAUUAUGGUGACUUCCCCAGGUCUCUCUGCAGGUGGAGGUGUGCCACCUGGUGGCUCUCCUGGCGGUCCCUUUGCUGGUACGGAAUUCGGUGAAAUUUUACAGCAUGCGGUGCAGAUCAAGUUAUGAUGGGAAGGAGCAGGAAUAGGAAAACAAGGAAAAAAUUAUAUCAAGGACAAAAAGACUCCUUUAGCUUUCGCCAUAGAGACUCCCUUUAGCCGUAGAAAGGAGUACACCAGCACAAUGUCGUCGAUGCAGCUUAUAUAUAAUAUCGAUCUUCAAUCAUUUUGAAUCUUCUGGUGGUCAUAGGCAUAAGGACAGCUCCCGUAUCCGGUAGAAAGAGGUUGCUCUAAUGAGAGGCCAGCAAUCAGUGGAAAAACGCAAGCGCUUCGAGUCUCUGCCUCAAUUUACACAGCAUUCCCUUUUUUUCGGCGAAAGAGACGAAAUGCAGAGAAUGCGAGAGUGGCCUUUCGAAAAAAGAUUGGAAAAGUAUGGUUAGCAUCACUACUUGGAGGUGGAGGCACUGUUUCUUCAGGAGCUCUAUGUUACUAGAGUCUGAGUUGUAUGUUAGGCGUAUUAGAGUAAUAUGUAGCUUUUUCCAUCUCCAGCUCGCGCCAGCUUGAGCAUCUUUCUAUCUUCCAUGAAUUAGAUAGAAGGAAAAGUCUGAAUGAUACAGAUACUGACUCGGUGCAAGAACACAUUUAAUUGACAUUCGGAUACUCAAGAUCAUCUUCCUUUUUAUAUGAAGGUCAAGAUCAAGGUGCUGGAAAAUCAACCUACACUCUUUCUUGUUCAUGAAUAAGCGACGGAACUGAAAAAACUCGGCAAUCAGCUUUUCUCGAAGGGACAAUGCGUCGAGGUACUACUUCCCUAAAGUAAGUAAGUACUUACUACUAGUACUACAUCAGUAGGUCUACUUCUAGGUCUCAACACUGGAUGGUAGUUGUAGCUACGCAUAACGCCUCAUUAUAUUUUUUCAUCAGGCCAUCCACCAAUACGAGCUAGGGUGCACACAGGUCUUCCUCUUUUCCGGCUGGGUUAGCCUCUUUUGGCCCCCCUUUAUAUCAUGCUUAAUCUUUCCCUGACCUUGUUGUUCCAAUCUGGUCUGCGUGUUUCGGCUCUUCAAGCGCUGUACGAUCCCUAUUGAUUCUCUUACCUCACUGUUAGUACUGUUAACAUAUUACUGGUUGUUCCUUUUUCAUCAGGCCAUCCACCAAUACGAGCUGGCGGCAGCUUUGUUUGUGUGGGUCGAGAGUCGCGAUCCAGCGUGGAAGAAGAGCCAGCGAGGGAUUGACGAUGAUGUCUUAGUCGUUGUCGAGCCUGAAGCUGCUGUGCAGGAAAUUGUUAUGGAGAAGGCUCGAUCUUCAAGAAAAAGAAUACAACGGAGAUGAAGGUUCCAUCUUCAAGAAAAAGAAUACAUGAUCAGCAGAUCCAAGGACAAGAAUUAGCACCUAUCAUCAAUACGGAUCACGAAUACCGUAUCGAAAGAACGCUUUCGCUUCCUUGAAUUAGACUGAUUUGUACUUCUAAUCAUCGUAUUGAUACAGACGCUUUUUUACGGACACAUGGAGGCAGCGUUUCAACCAGUCUUUGCCGCGAAGAUGGUAACCGUAUGGCUUGUUUCAUCGUAACCAUUACUUGGCGUCGAGAAGAACCUCGAAAAAAUGACUUUGCUUUCUUACCACAGCCAGGAGUACAUUUCGUUUUGGACAGUAAGAAAACAGACUAAGUAGGUACUCGACAAGUUGUAGGUGAUCAAUGCAUCAACGAUAGAAUGAAAGUUGUGUAUCUUUCUAUUUUCACUGGAUAGGUACGGGUCCUCGUAUAAUCACGUAGGCCUCAACCGGCCUCGGUCUGCUCUAAUCGCAAAGUGGAGCGGACUUCGCCGACUAGGGCGCGUCACGAAAAGAGCAAGGUACUGCCUAGUCGAGUACAGAUGCCAACACCCGAUGAAAAAAAAGAAGAACAUCAAGAGACCAACAGCAAUAAUAGCACUACAAUUGCUCCAGGCUCGUUUACGUCUGGUGGUAGUAGUAGUAGCACAAGCAUCAAGUGGAACAGCACGAACAGCACUUCUUCGGAAGAUGUGGAACCAGAACGAAGUAACACUGCUACUGGCAAUGGAACUACAAAUAAUAAGACGAAUCCGCUCUACGAGACAGAAGCACAUCAAACAGCCGUACAUUAUGAGAGAAAAACAAGUUCUCAACUUGAAGUUUGAUACUGUUGCAUUUUAGGGUACGAUAGAUAUUGAUAUGACUUAGUUAUCAAUCAUGCAUAUGGAGUAACUAAAUAAACCUAGCAGGUAGUUAUCUUCAUUACUACCUUCUACCUAGUAGUUCUAGUUCUAGUACAACGCAAAUAAGAAAACUUUCAACAUCUAACCAAAGUUUCGCGAAACUUGCGCACUGAACAUCGCUGCUGCGUUUUUGAAACAGCAAGAAUGGGCCCAAUGCCGUAAAGUCUGCACCUUUGUCCUGCAGCAUAAUCCUGGAUCUUAUGGAAGUGAAAUGAAAUAGAAAUUGAUCGAUCCAACCAGCUUCUUACUCAGUCGGCAGGAGAAGGAGUAGAACGUGAACGCGUCAGCAGGGUUAUUCGUCAGCAGGAGUAGAACUCUCUUGAUUCUAAGACUACGUAAAAGCGCUAUACAGACGUGCACAGGCUUUGCUGGGUCCGGCAGGCUGCGGCAAUUUGGAGACCGAUUUAGCACUAGAGGACCUUGCACAAGCAUUGAAAGUACAACCGGACGCCAAGGAGGUAUCGACUUUUCAUCUUUGGAUGAUUAAUAAGAUUGCAAUCAACGUCAACCUGUCUCCUGCUCAACACCUGUCAAUAAGAUGCGCACAUAUACCUGUCUGCUCAACACCUAUUUUUCAACAUUCUCCACCUUAUUUAUUUCUGAUAGGUCCGCGACCUCUAUAACCGAUGUAAAGCGGAACGCGACAAGUCAAAUCGUAAAGAAGCGACUGCUUUUCGCGGUAUCUUUCGAGGAGAGAAGGACUUUCAACUCUCGGAUCAUGCUGAGGAUGGAGCAGAUCAGACACAUAAGAAAGAUUUAUGGAUGAUGAUCUACUAGUAACGACCUGUACCAAGGGCUAUACAACUAGCGCGGCUAGCACUCCAAAUGAGAAAACGUUGAUGAUGAUCUACUCGUGACCUGGAACACAGUUUUUUUCCAGGUUUUUAAGUCUCCAGGAGAACCUUUUGAUUUUUAAGUCUAAAGGAGAAGUUAGUAGGUGUUUAAUUACAAGCCAUAGGGGAGGUGUAGUACUAGAGGCCAAGGGACGAGAUGUUCCUCUUCCUUCCUUACCUCUGAAGAAAGUCAUGAAUAAAACGUAAUGCUGGAACCACGUCUAAAAGACGCGCCCCCUUUACCUCGGAAGAUCAUGGACGCGAUCAUGCUGCGGGAUUUGUACUAUCGAAACGGCAAGAUCGAAGAUGCUAUAGCGCUUGAUAAACAGAUCGAGGCAGCAAAAGCUGCGUUUCUGGCACCUGUGGAUUAUUACAACCCAACACCGCAAAUGAUCGAGGAUGCGAAAAAACAUGAUAUAGAUCUUAAGGCAUAUGAGCUUGAUGAUAGUUACACUUUUCUCUUUUCUAUCUUCCUCUGGUCUUUCUUUUUUCUAGGUAGGUCGGCUCCACCACAGUUUUUAGAGGUCAGAUUACAGAUUGCCGAGUAGAUUUACAUCAUCAGAGUACAGAGUACAGAGUACAAUAUACAGUUGUAGUAGAUUUAGACAUGAUAGGACGAGAGGAGAGAACCACGACGAGAGGUCAACUCUGAUUGAUUUGUUGAACUGAGUUGGGUUUUAGUGAAUACCAAACUAACGACUUCAACUUCUAAAGAGUUGACAUAUACUAAACUUCAACUUCUAAACAGUUGACAGACCCUUUGGUGCAAGCAGAAUUGGCAAAGCUUGAAGAGCGCAAGCGGAAUGGUGAGAGUGUCACCGACCUCGUCAAAGGCCUUGAAAACGAGGAAGCCCUACUCCUCGCAGAAGACAGCGCAGGCGGUGACUUAUGGUUGUAUUGAUUCUGACACUGACUUAGACUGUCUGACAAAAGAGGUUGAUAAUGUUGGUGACUUGAUCGUGAUCAGCAUAUACUGACUUGUGAAUUUGGGUUGCUUGUGAAUUUGGGUUUCGCUUGUAAUGAUAGUUAUCAAGUUCAAGUUCUAACGUGUCCAUCUGUAAUUGAAGGGACGCGGAAGAGACGUGGACAAGGACGAGGUAUUCUUUUCAAUUUUUUUUGGUCAUCACUCACUCUCACAAGGACAUAUGAAUGUGUCACAGUCACAUGUAUGAUUUAGAUAACAAACAAGAACUCAGCACGAUCUGUGUAGAUUGGGCGAUAGCAACCUAUCCUAUCCUAUCCUAUCCUAUCCUAUCCUAUCCUAUCCUAUCCUAAGAACGAGAGUCGUUCUGUUUUCCACAAGGCCGAGAAAAAAUCACAACAUGAAAUCGGAGUUGCAUUGAAUCAAUCACUCAAUUUCUUCAACUAAAAAAUAUUUGAAUCUUUCCACAACCAACACAGAUGAAUCGCGAUAUCCCCAAUGGCAGAAGGUCAGUGGCGUUCUCCUCUCAAGCAUUCCACUGCCUAUACGGAUGAUUGGUGAGCGCUUACGGGUAGAAAUGCAAAAAUUCUUGCCUCAUUGGUUUCUGGAACUAUCCGAACAAGACCAACGAUGGUGGUGUUACUUUUUUGCUUUUUUGAUCUUCGGUUGUGCUUACCGAUUAGGGUGGAAUUUUGGCUUUCCACGAUGACAGCGCAGCACUCGUAGCUGUGUUGUUCUUUAAGGGCUAAUGACAGCACCGCAGUCCUCGUAGCUAUGUUUAUUGUCUUGUACUUAGAUAGUUGUUUUCGUGUAUGAUCAUCUUCUUGUAAGGGUCGAGAUGGUUGAUGCUGGGUUGGAGCUUGACUAUCUCAAAAUUCUACUGCGAUCUUAACAUGAUCAGAGAACAAUGAGAAUGUUUUUUAUAAACUUCUUCAAAAAUCUUCUUCAGGAAUCGUUCGGCUUAGUUUUUUUUUUCGCAUUAUAUCAAUCCUACUCUGCCAACACAUUGGUCCUACUCCACAGAAUGCUUGCGUACGUGGUAAUUAUCCGCACGCGGAAGCAAUGACAUGAGCAUGAGCAUAAUCUUGCGUCGUGAAUCUCCAACUCCAACAGUCAAUCUUUGAAAGUGCUGAAGCAUGGCUUCUACGAGAACU